CAGAGAGCCUUUCCAUCAUGAGCUUCAAUGGAAAGUAUGAACUCCAGUCACAGGAAAAUUUUGAACCUUUUAUGAAAGCGCUUGGGCUUUCCGAUGAGCAGAUCCAGAAGGGCAAGGACCUCAAGAGCAUCUCAGAAAUUGUGCAGGAUGGGAAAAAGUUCAAGAUUACUGUGACCGUCGGCAGCAGAGUUCUGACUAAUGAGUUCACUGUCGGGGUGGAGAGCGAGAUGGAGAUGUUGACAGGAGAGAAGGUCAAGAGUCUUGUGCAGAUGGAAGGCGACAACACGCUGGUGGUAACCAUGAAAGGGGUCAAAUCCGUCACUGUACUCAAUGGAGACACCCUCACCAAUACCAUGACCAUGGGAGAUCUCACCUACAAGAGAAUCAGCAAGAGAAUCUAG